AUGGGUUGGUUAUUUAGUGAAAGAAGGGGAAGGAAGCAGGGGUGGAUGGAGGAGAGCCUAGCCUCCCUAUCCGCACCUCCUUCGCCUCUGUUGGCACUCGUCGCCAUCGUCUUGGUGUUAUUAUUGUUUUCAUCUUACACCAGCUACAGGUCACAGAUGGAGAAAACUAAGGUCGGCUUUCAUAUAUUUCUCUUGUUUCUGCCCGUUAUAUUGAUCUUUUUGGCUCACUUUUUGAUCAAGUACGGGAGCUUUCCGGUGCUGAGUCCGAAGACCAAGGAGAGGGUGGUUCAUCAACCUGAAGGUUCAGCGUCGCCUUGGGGCGUGGCUAUGUUUCUG